UACAUAAGAUUUUAUUUUUUAAGUUCGAGGAAUCCCCUAAUAUUGAAAAAUUUGCGCAAAUUUUUACUAUAUGACACGAAUUACUUCAGUUGAAGGUUUUUUCUUUCGCGGAGUGAUCAAUCAAUCGGAAUGAGUUCUAAAAAUUCGAAGUGUUUGCAAUUAAAAGAAUAAGCAGACAUUUUAGACAGUCUGAAAAAAGGAACAAGUGUGACUAACUUAGCAAAAAAAUAUAAUGUCGCUAAGUCAACAAUGCAGUAUUAAAAAGAAAAAAGAAGCCAUUUUAAAAUGCGUGAAUAAUACAUACCAAGGACCGGGAAAAAGAAAAAACUUUAAAAUCGUCAGAGCUUCCAGCUAUGGAAAAAAGUCUAUACCUUUGGUUCAUCCGGAUGCGCGAAAGGAAUUGUCUUGUAAGUGGAUUAAUGCUAAAAGAAAAGGCUAAGGAAUUGCAUUCCCUACUUAAAGAAAACGCGACCGGAUUCAAUGCUAGUGACGGAUGGCUCCAGAGAUUUAAGAAAAGAUACGGAGUUAGAUUGCUUAAAGUAUCUGGAGAAAAACUCUCAUCGCAGCCUCAAUUGGUUGAUCCAUUUAAACUGAAACUAAAACAAAAAAUUGAGGAAAUGGAGUUAUGUAAUGACCAAUUGUAUAAUGCUGACGAAUCUGGUUUAUUCUAGAAGCUUUUGGCAGAUAAGACCUAUGUAUCAUCGCAUGAAAAAACUGCUCCAGGAACAAAGACGGAGAAGAAGCGUAUAACAUUUCUCUGUUGCGCAAAUCCACACAGCUUUAAACACUUUAGUUGCCCUACGGAUUAUAAGAACUCGAAAUCAGCCUGGAUGACGUCUGCCAUUUUUAAACAUUGGUUUCAUCAAUCUUUUGUGCCACAGGUAAGAUUGUUUCUAAAGCGGAAGAACUUACCAAUAAAGGCACUAUUACUUAUUGACAACGCUCCCUCUCAUCCAAGUGAAGCAGAAUUAAAAACUGAAGAUGGAAAUAUAAUUGUCAUGUUUAUGUCACCCCUCUUAUCCAACCUAUAGAUCAAAAUGCGAUUAAAAUAACGAAGUUAUAUUACAGAAACAGUUUGUUGGCUUCAAUAGCAGCAAAAAACUUAGAAUUGCUUGAAUAAAUGAAAAAUGUAACGUUGAAAGAUGCUGUUACCCUUUUAUCUGUCGCGUGGGAUCGGGUCAGCACAGAAACUCUUGCCAAUUGUUGGAAAAAAAUUUUAAGUUUAAUGGGAAACGAGGAGGACCCUGAAUAUAACAUUCCAUUAAGUAUCCUGAAAGACAAAUGGAGUGCAGAAAUAAACUCUUUAAUGCGAAUGUCAGUUGAUCUCCUUCAGGACUUGAGUCCUCAGGUUGAGUUUACAUUGCCAAUGGUUCGAGAGUGGAACGAUGACCCUUGUGUUGAUGAUACCACCGAAAUCUAUGAAAUCACCGAAAUCUAUGAAAUUGAAGAAAGUGACGAUGAUGAUUGUAUUGCCGAAGACCCCAUAAAGAAAAUUGCCGCAAGUGAGGCAGUUGAAAUCUUUAACAAGGCAUUGCAAUGGGCUGGAGAUGCAAUGGUUGAUCAAAGCGACAUGAGUGUACUUAGCCGCUUAGAAAGGAAAAAGCAGCAGAAAAAGAUAACGGAUCUUUUUAAUGAAUAAAUCUAAUGUGAAAUUUUAUUCGUAAUUUAAUAUGUAUGUUCAUAUCCAUGAACAUACUAAUGGCAAUAAUAAAAUACUUUUACAUUUAAAUGUGUAAAAAUCCUGAAUUUAGCAAUUUGAAGUUAUUUUGCGUCUUCAAAUUCGACAAUCGCUAACGUGAACAUUUUCACUAACGUGAACUCCCUUGGUUUUAAUUAGUUCACGUUACCGCGAGUGCACU